AUAGGAGAGGAUGGAUCUUGUGCAUACCAAAAAGGCUGAAAUAAAAGGUGGAAGGAGCGAUGAUCUCUCGGAACAACUUGAAGAUUCGUUGUCUUGGGUCCGCAAUGGCCGCUUUUCGGCUUUCCUUUGCUUCCUGCGACUUCUUUACAGGCUCACUUUUUUCGGGGCUCAAUAAUACGUUCGCUUGUUUCCCCAGAAAUUCAUUAGGUUUGAACAGAAUAUCUGAUACCCAGAAGAAUUUGACAAAAGUGGACGAGACUACUCAUUUGGGAUUGCUGCCUUCAAUCAAGAGAAAUACAAUUAAGAGAUUGGUAGCCCCAAGCAAUCCCCCAGGACCCAAUCAAGAACUAACAAGCUCUCAAUUUGAGAAUAUGCCCAAAAAUGAUCAUGGUCUGGAUUUGUUUCGUGAGAUGGAGCACAGAUUUUUGAGUUUUAAGAAGCACAAAUACUUGAAAGAAUCAGAGCAUUAUCAAACUCUUGCCAAAGCACAAUCACCAAAGUUUAUGGUAAUUGCUUGUGCAGAUUCCAGGGUAUGCCCCUCUAACAUCCUAGGAUUCCAACCAGGAGAAGCCUUCAUGAUUCGAAAUGUGGCGAAUCUUGUGCCCCCUUUUGAGUAUGGACCGUCAGAAACAAAUGCUGCCCUUGAAUUUGCUGUAAAUACUCUCGAAGUUGAAAAUAUACUAGUUAUUGGUCACAGCAGUUGUGCAGGAAUUGAGACCCUUAUGAGCAUUCGAGAUGACGUAAACUCUAGUAGCUUUAUGAAAAAUUGGAUUGCCAAUGGGAAAGUUGCAAUGUUAAGAACAAAAGCUGCUGUGGCUCAUCUUAGCUUUGACCAGCAAUGCAGACAUUGCGAGAAGGAGUCAAUCAACCGUUCUUUACUGCACCUGCUAACCUACCCAUGGAUAGAAGACAGGGCAAGGAAAGAGAUGCUAUCAGUUCAUGGGGGAUAUUAUGAUUUCCUGAACUGCACAUUUGAGAAGUGGACACUUGAUUUCAAGGGAAGCUGCUAUGAAAAAGGACUUGAGAGAUGCAUUGUUAAAGAUCAAGCACUUUGGUGCUGAGUUUGUUACCCUUUCUUCGCCAAAAUGUGAAUGUAACUAUUACAACAGCAUGUGAACAUCAGAAAAGUGUGUAGGAAAAUCUUUUCCUGUGUAGAUGGAAAUCGUCUGGAAUGUAAAAUAUUUGUUGCUAUAGUCAUCAUUAUUUGUUUGCUUGUUUAUCCAUCAUUAAAUACAAAGAUGUAUAGAGGAUGUUUUACAAUUAAUUAAGACAAUUUUAGCUA